UCCCUCCCUCCCUCCCUCGGCGCUCAGAACACUCAAUGUCGGAACGUUCCGAAGAUGACGUCGGAGCGUUCUCGAAUCCCGUGUCUCUCGGCUGGGGCUGCCGAAGGAACAGGGAAAAAGCAACAAGAAGGAAGAGCAAUGGCGACACUGGAUCGCAAAGUGCCCAGUCCGGAGGCGUUUCUGGGCAAACCCUGGUCCUCCUGGAUCGACGCUGCCAAAUUACACUGCUCCGACAAUGUAGAUUUAGAAGAGGCUGGAAAAGAGGGUGGAAAAAGCAGGGAGGUUAUGAGGCUUAAUAAAGAAGAUAUGCACUUAUUUGGCCAUUAUCCCGCACAUGACGACUUCUACCUCGUGGUGUGCAGCGCCUGCAACCAGGUCGUCAAGCCUCAGGUUUUCCAGUCGCACUGCGAGAGAAGACACAGUUCGAUGUGUAGACCUUUUCCCUCGCCAGCGUCUCCAGCCUGCACUGCCAAGACAUCCCUAGCACAGGUGAAAACAAAAGUCUGUCUCGGCGGCCAUAACCCUGCCAGCAGCACCUCAAAGCCAUUCAAAACGCCCAAAGACAAUCCACUUACCUCCAGCAGCAAACAGCACACGGUCUUUCCUGCAAAGGGAUCGCGAGAUAAACCAUGCGUUCCAGUUCCUGUAGUCAGUUUAGAGAAAAUUCCUAACCUAGUGAAGGCAGAUGGUGCCAAUGUCAAAAUGAACUCUACAACCACUACUGCGGUCACCUCAGCCUCCACCACCUCCUCCUCCGCUGCUGUCAUCUCCACCCUACCUUUAAUUAAGCCCAUCUUGAUGUCCAAAUCCGUGCCACCUUCACCAGAGAAGAUCUUAAAUGGCAAAGGAAUUCUAUCAGCCACUGUAGACAAGAAACACCAAAAUGGCACCAAAAACAGCAACAAGCCUUACAGAAGACUUUCAGAGAGAGAAUUUGACCCAAAUAAACACUGUGGAGUAUUGGAUCCCGAGACAAAGAAACCUUGCACAAGAUCCCUCACCUGCAAGACACACUCGCUAAGCCAUCGGAGGGCAGUCCCCGGCCGGAGAAAGCAAUUUGACCUGCUCCUGGCGGAACACAAAGCCAAGUCCCGGGAAAAAGAAGUUAAAGAUAAAGAGCAUCUCCUGACUUCCACACGGGAAAUACUUCCAAACCAGUCUGGGCCGACUCAGGAUUCUCUACCAGGAUCUUCCGGGAGCUCGGGGCCAGAAGCGAAAGUCGCGUCGCCUUUAAAAGCCAAACAACCCAACUCUAUCCUGCCCAGGCCAUCCUCUGCAAACAGCAUAAGCAGCAGCACGUCCUCAAAUCACAGCAGCCACACGCCAGAGCCCCUUGUGCCCCCAGUGGCAGGAGACCUUGCCAGCCGACUGUCCAGUGAUGAAGGGGAGAUGGACGGAGCCGAGGAAGCCGAGAAGUUUGAUUGUCAGUUCUCAACGCACCACCCCAGACCUCUUGCGUUUUGCUCAUUUGGGAGUCGCCUUAUGGGACGAGGAUACUAUGUGUUCGAUAGAAGAUGGGAUCAUUUUCGACUCGCACUCAACUCCAUGGUAGAAAAACACUUGAACUCCCAGAUGUGGAAGCACAGAAGCCCGAGCCACAGGGCAUCAGGUCCCUCCCCCCUGUUCAGGACUUGCCUAACCAAUCUGCUGUCACUGAGCAACAUUGGGGCUGCCUGGGUGUCAACUCUGGAGAGCGUAGCGCCCCGCUGCCCUCUCAACCUCGCUGCCCAAACCCCAGGCCCUGAUGGGCCCGAACCUGGAGGGAUGGCAGCCGAUGGGGGCAUGGAAGACCUUAGGAAGAAAAGGAACGGCCAAGACUCUUUUUUCUUUAACAAGCAUUUAACUCUGCAUCAGGAGACGCCAACACAGUAUUCUCUUUCAGCCAGGAAGAUCCCUCCUGCGGCCGAUAGCCCCAUGCCCUCGCCGGCAGCCCACAUCACCACCCCCGUGCCAGCAUCCGUUUUGCAGCCUUUCAGCAACCCCAGUGCUGUGUAUCUUCCUUCAGCUCCCAUCAGCUCGAGACUCACCUCUUCUUACAUAAUGACAUCAGCCAUGCUCUCAGACGCAGCUUUUGUGGCAGCCUCGCCGGACCCACGCGUCCUCAUGUCCCACACCCCAGCUUUCCCCCAUGUGGCUGCAACCCUCAGCAUCAUGGACUCAACCUUCAAGGCCCCAUCUGCCGUGUCCUCGGUGCCAGCCGUCAUCCCUUCCCCAUCCCACAAGCCAUCCAAAAUCAAAACCAGCAAAUCCUCCAAAGUCAAGGACCUGUCCACCCGUAGCGACGAGUCUCCAAGUAACAAAAAGAGGAAGCCGCAACCUUCGACUUCCUCCUCCUCCUCCUCCUCCUCCUCCUCCACCACCACCUCUGCCUCCUCCUCUUCCUCCUCCUCCUUGCAGGCCUCUCUCUCGUCUUCAUUGUCAGGGCCCCACAGGAAGAACUGUGUUCUGAAUGCCAGUUCGGCUUUGAACUCCUACCAGGCGGCCCCUCCCUAUAACAGCCUGUCCAUGCACAGCACAAACAAUGGCGUGAGCCCACUCGGUGCCAAACUGGAGCCCUCAGGACGGACUUCGCUGCCCAGUGGUGGCCUCCCUGGCCCCGCAGACCUAGUGAGACAGGUGGGCGCCGUGGGCGGCAGCAGUGACUCCUGUCCCCUCUCUAUACCCUCCCUUGCACUCCACGCAGGGGACCUCUCUCUGGCCUCACACCAUGUCAUGUCUUCUCUGCCCCUCUCUUGUGACAAAUCAGAAGGAAAAAAGCGUAAGAACUCGAGUUCUAGUAGCAAAGGCUGUAAGAUCACUAAAAUGCCUGGUAUGAAUAGCGUUCACAAAAAGAACCCACCCGGCCUGCUGGCACCGGGGCCGGAGCCCGGUAAUGGCACCUCCUCUCGGCAGGUUGGGAAAAAUAACAGCCUAGCUUUGUCACAGUCCAGUCCUUCAAGCAUAUCCAGCCCAGGACACAGCCGACCGAAGAACACAAACAGAACUGGGAGGAUAAGGACUCUUCCAUAACAAGACUUCGAAGCCACUUCCAAAUCACUUCCUGGCUUCCCUGUCGCCAGUCUCAGGAGGCCCUGGCAGGAGGAGGGGCUAGCAGUGGGCAAAGGGAGAGAAUCUGUUCCCAUGCCCUGCCUGUGGCUCUGGCCUUUCUUAUCCACCUUCUUUUUCAUUUUCUUCUUCUUUUUUUUAAGCUAGCCAGUUUUUGUUUUCAAAGAAAAAGGCAAAAAGACCACAGAUGUGAUAUUUACAGCCACCAAUGUCAGUGCUUUGUUUCCGGUGUCUUGCCUUCCAUUGCUACCGCGCCGUCGUUUUGCUCCAGCUCAGACAGGGCAGAGUGUCACUUCCGGGCUCGCUCCAUCUGAAGCUCUUGAACUUCAGCACCUGGAGAACCUCUGUGCUUCCUGGUUCCAUGCCAUACCCUUCCCUUCCAGCUUCUUCCUGUCACUCCCUGGGGUUUCCACUGGACAUCAGAGAGAGCUGGCUUUCACAGGUCACUCCAAGACAGCUGAGAGCAGACAAGUGGAGACGGGUGUGGUUGCUUCGUUAGGUCUAAAGUACGUUGUUGGGGCACCAUGAGAGUGGGCCAUUUAAUGACAUGCUUGACCCAGGGACAGGGGGCUGCUGUGGGCCUGGGAAACGGCAGAAAAGCAGAGUGUGAGAGGUAUGGAACCAUAACCCACCAAAGAUGGUGAGAACUGGAUAUUUGUGUUACGAGUCUAGCCUUGCAAAUUUCUUGCCAGGGUACAAAACUAGGUGAGCCAGAAAGACAGAGGAAUCCCAGAAAAAUAAAAUGCCAUAAGAACCCAGAAAGCCACUCCCCGUGGAGGGCCUGUGCAUCACCACUGCCUGAUGUCCCUCUGGCUGCUGCUCUCCAGGCUCCCUGGGGGAGCUUGAUGUGUUAAACCACUGGGGAGAAUAAAUGCCAACAAUUCCUCCCUCCCCCUGUUCACUCAAAGGGACCCCAAGAAGGAGCCAUUUGAAACAGCCCCUGCAGCUAUAGAAUGAAUCACACUGGAGUUCUUGAAAGAAACAGCAGUACUAUAAGCUCUGGCUGGAAGUGAUAACCAGGAGACAGGGAACAACAGUAUGGAACAAGUAUUCUCUGCUGUCCCCCAGGCACUUGG